UUCUGUCAGAGAAGCCCGUCUCCUGACCGUUCUCCAUGUUGGUUUUCUGCUCCGCCUCCAGGGAGCGAUGCGAGGAGCUGCGCAGCAUCCGGAGCCGGCGCCUGAAGCAGGAGUUGCGUCAGGAUAAUGCAGCUCUGGUGAGGAGGCAACAGGAGGAGCGGCGGCGGCUGCAGGAGGAGCAGCUGCUGUUCGACGAGCUGUGGGAGGCCGACUACCAGGCCAAGGGAGAACAGGAGAGCUUGAGAGUCCGACAGCGACAGCAGAAAGACGAGGAGCAGCUGCAGGAGCUGAGGGAGCAGAUGAAAGCUGCAGAACGGAGGAGGCAGCAGGAGAAGGAGCUGAGGGAGGAGAAGCUCCAACUUCUGCUGCAGCAGGAGCAGAUGAGGCUCCUCCAGGAGGAGCGGCAGCGGCAGCUGAAGCUGCAGCAGCAGCAGAACCGGCGCCGGCAGCUGGACCGAGACCUGAGGCUCAAAAUGAAGCGCCUGGCGCAGGAGCAGCAGGAGGAGCUGCAGCUGGACAUGAAGAUCCUGCAGCCGAUCCAGAAGGAGGAGACUGAACAGAGGAAGGAGUCAGCUCAGAGGAAGGCGGAGCUGCAGGAGGAGCAGAAGCAGUACCUGAAGUACCUGUCUGAGGAGCUGGAGAGGCAGAGGAGAGAGGAGCAGGAGACGGAGCUGCUGCAGGAGGAGAAGCUGAAGGAGAUCUGGAUGAAACGGGAGGAGCAGAGCCGGCUGCAGAGGGAGGCCAGAGAGCGGCAGAUGGAGGAGGUGAUGGAGGCGCGCCGCCUGCAGAUCCAGAGCAAACUGGAUGCAAACCUGCAGAAACAGGAGCAGCUGGAGAAGGAGAAGGAGGAGAUGGAGAGAGAGGCACAGGAGGCCAGCCUGCAGCAGGAGCAGGAGAGAAGAAGGUAA